AUGUUUUCUUAUUCUUCAUUGUGUGCUCAAAUCAUUAUAGGAAACAGUUUGGAUAUUGAUGAAUAUGUUAGAAGUGCAAACAAAUUUGAUUAUUCUGACUGUAUUGAAGUAGGACCAGUUGCAUGUUUACCAAAACCACCAGAUCCAAAUGAAUUAUAUCCUAGACAAUCUAGAAGACAAGUACCCUUUGUUCCUUUUUCAAUCUUUCUUAUAAAAAUAGCAUCUAUUCAUACAUUUACAUGGUCUUUUCACAAUCUUUCUAUAUUGUUUGGCUUAACAGCAAAGGAGUCAAAUUGGCUUGGAGCUAUCACAUCAGCUGUUGUUAUAAUUCUUGUGAUUGAUGUUCAUGUGGUGGGGUGGCAAGAUGAAAUGUUUCCUUACAGGAAGAACUUUUCUGGAAAGAUGAAGCCCAAAAAGAAGGAUGAUCUUGAACAAGUUGGUGGUUUGAUGAAUAAGAAGCUUAGAAUUUUGAAUGAUGGAAUGAAUAUUAUGAAGGUUAGUAAGUUGGAAAUACAUAGAAAAAUGCAAGAGAGAAUUUUGCAUGUGGAGCUUGUGGUCAGUACCCUAUUCCUUCAGCAAGCCAAAGAAGCAAGAUCGGUUACUCCAGAGACUCAAAUCAGAUGUGUCGCCAAGAACCUUGUGUUCUUUUGUCUCAAGAAGAGCCCUUUAAUGUUUAAAUUGAUGUUUUUGCCCCUAUGGAUUUGCAGGGACUAUACAAAUGCUAUGCUUCCUGUUGUAUCUUCAGCAAUAGAUGCUACUGGUCAGUUUGUUACUUUUGAAGUUCAGUUUAGGUUUAGAUGGAAAGAAGAUUGA